AAUAGUAAAGGGCGACUGGCAGCCCAGGCAGCUUUCCGCGGGCUUGUUGUUUGGCGCUCCACCGUCUGCCAUAAAUAACGACCCCGUUCUGACUUAAUUUUUCAUCUACGUCGAUCAUCGGUUCAUAGGUUCCUCGUUCUCUUAUUUUCAUCACAAAAAGUCAAUUGAAUCCGGUAGUUAGCAAGGCUGCAGCGCUCGCUUGGAUCCGGUCCAUAAUAACUUAGUCUCUUUUCGUCGUUGUUGUUCGGCUUCGUUGCUUUGCAGGUGUAUUAGAUUGCACGCGUCGCCUUUCAGCUCCUUCGUGGCUGUUCGACUUUGCUCCUUCAACGCCUUCCUAUUCGAGCGGAAGUUACGACAUUUUGAUCGGAAGGAAGAACGGCUCGCUGGCUGUGAAGCCCCUUAGGGUUUCAUGCAGGCAACAAUGGCGCCCGUAGCGCUCUUUAGCAUCGCUGCUAUUUGUGUUUCUCUCCUAUCCCUCCUCUCCUGUCAUCUCUUACCUUCCUACGCUUGCUUGGAUCCGGUCCUUCGAUUGCCGUCAGAAAUCUCUGGGCGCCGCCUAAAAGCCGGUGGGGAUGAUUCUGUUGGGACGAGGUGGGCCAUCCCGAUUGCAGGAUCUUCGGGCUAUGGGAAUUACCGACAUCAGUGGGAUGACUGUCUUUCAAGCCAGAGUGAUGUAGACCUCGUUGAUUACUGGAAUGAGUUCCUUAAUUCACCUGAAGGAUCAUCCGAAAAACUCGAUGCACAAAAAGAACUGCUUGAUAUACUGACUCUUCGCGUGCAUGUAGAUAAUAGUAUAAACCUCAUAGGGAAGCUUCUCUUUGGAUCAGAGAAAGGCAUACAAGUCCUUAGUGCAGUUCAAAAGACAGGGCAGCCUCUGGUCGACGAUUUGGCCUGCCUAAAAUCAAUGAUUCAGAUUUUUGAAACACAUUGUGGAUCUCUAUCUGAUUAUGGUAUGAAACACACACGCUCUUUUGCUAACAUUUGUAAUGCUGGCAUCAACAAUGAGACAAUGGCUAAGGUGUCUGCUGAAGUUUGCAGCCAUAUUCCAUCCACUCGACGGAGUUCUCUUCAUAGAGGCUUCAGUAUCUGAAAUGGGUUAUACCAAGGAAGGAAAGCACAAUCUCAUGCUAGUUAGUGGCUAUCUUCUACAGUGUUGUAAAUAGAAGUUUGGUAUACGUCUCUUUUCUGUCAAAACUGAAUGACAAGUUUUUCCCUAUUGUGGAUCAAGUAUAGUGCCACUGCUUUAAUUCUUACAUUUUUUA